CAAAUCAAUAGCAACAAUCAUUCUUCUUUACACACUUUGAGAUCAUUUUUAUUGUUGUUUGUGUGAAGCAACAUAAAACAAUGGGCUUUCGCUUACCAGCUAUUAGAAGAGCAUCAUCUGCUGUUAGCCAAGAAUCUUCCAAAGCUGUGGAAGUUCCGAACGGCUAUCUCGCAGUCUAUGUUGGAGACAAAAUGAAGCGGUUUGUGAUUCCAAUUUCAUAUUUAAAUCAACCUUUGUUUCAAGAGUUACUAAGCCAAGCAGAAGAAGAAUUUGGAUAUGAUCAUCCAAUGGGAGGUCUCACUAUUCCUUGCAAAGAGGAUGCUUUCAUGGACCUCAUCACUUGUCGCUUGAAUGGAUUAUAAGUAAUAUUAAAGGAAACUCACAUAGGCUAGUUGAGAGACAGUUUUGUACAGAAGGCACUUACAAAUUUCUUUUUAUCCUUCUUUUGAAUUGGAAACUACCAUCUCAGAGAGAUGUGAAAGAUGUAAAUAUUAAAAAUU